AUGGAAGAACUCUCUCAAGCUGAAUUUUGAAGAUAUGCUUCACAACGUAUAGAAAGCUUAUUAGCAACCUCAGUAAAAGUAAAUAAUGAAGACUUACUUGUGAAUGUUGAUGAGCCAGACCAAAAAUUUGUGUUUACACCUCAGCCUCUAUCUAAAAUCAAUCUAAAAGCAUCAAAGUUUUGCAGGAAUUAUAAAAUUUAUAGCCCUUUGUCAGAUAAAGUUUUUGAAAGGAUAAGCAGGUAUGAGCCAAUACAAUCUGAGCCUAUAAAACCUGAGCCAAAAAUGCAGCCGUCUGGUCAAACCUAGGAGGUAUACCCGGUCUGCGGCUAUACCUGGCAGUCCAGCUCUAUCUGGCAGUUCGGCUCUGCCUGAAUCUAACUGGCUCUGUAUAGCUCUGCUUUUUUAAAUUUAGAAAAAUAUAUUGACGUUCAAAAAACUGAAUAAAUGUGGAAAAAACAAUAUAAAUGCAAAAAAUAUUAAUUGAGAAAUUAUACGGAUUAUCUGAUUCAUUGCUCAGUUUGUCAUUAAUAAAUAAAUCAAUUAAAAUUCUUAUUUUUAAUUUUAUUAUAAAGCUCAGAUUAAAAUUAAUUGAGCCUUUUAAUUAAUAGAAUCAGAGUUAUUUAGAGAGUUUAUGAAUAUUUAUAUUGCUUUAAUAAAUUUAUAUCUACUAUCAAAUUUUCGUUCAAAAUGCGAAAUAAUCCUCUUCUUUUAUAUGAUAUAGUUUCUUUCUAAGCCAUUGCAUCUUUAUUUUCUUAUAAUUUAAAAAGUAUUUAACAAGGUGUAUCAUUUUAAACAUUUUAAAAUGUUUUGAUGAUGAAAUAAUUGAGUGCAAUUCUAUAGCUUUUUGAUGGAAUAAUAGUAAUUUUUUUUUUACUAUAUGAUAAUUAUAAGAUUUAUUUUGCUUUUUCACAAUUUAUAAGCAGUUUAUUCCUCACUAAAUUACUAAAUAAGUUGCAGACUUAUAUAGAUUUUUUUAAAGUAUCAUUCUCUGCAAAUUUUUCUAUCACAGGCUUUGCAUUUUUAUCUAUAUAUCAUAGCUUAAAAACUUACUCCCCCCCUCCGUGAGUGAACAAAACCAUUAGAAAAAUCGCUGUUUUUUGCCCAAAAACCCACCCUCCGUGAGUGAACAAAAAUUGUUUUAAUAGAAAAAAUUUUAUGGAAAAAAUUUAUAUAUAAAUGAUAAUUAAUAUAAUGAAAUCUAGAGCUAAUUCUGUUUAAUUUUAAACAAAUUGCAUUUUAAAACAUAAAUUUUAUAAAUUAAAUUAAUAUUUUGCUUUCAAAUUUUGGCAAAUUAGGAUUUUUUUAAAUUUCGAAAAAACAAAAUUUGUUAAAAAAAAUAAAAUUAACCCCCUCCGUGAGUGAACAAAAUUUUUUUGUUCACUCACGGAGGGGGGAGUUAGGAAAUUAUUUUGAUAAAGCCUGACUGACAGGUAGAGCCAGUGGAGCCAGAAUGCCAGGUAGAGCUAGAGAGCCCGACUCCCAGACUUCCAGGCAGAGCCAGUAGAGCCUGACUCCCAGACUGCCAAGUGAGCCAGAUAUAAGAAAGAGUCAUUAGAGCUGAUUCCAAACUGCCAGGUAGAGCCGAAUGCCCAGGUCGAGCCAGGCUUCCAGGUGAAGCCGGACUACCAGGUAGAGCCAGACUGCCAGAUAGAGCCAGACUGCCAAUAGAGUUAGGUAGAUCCAGCCAGGUUUAACCAGCCGUCUUUAUUAGUGGUGUCAACAAGAGCAGUAACUAAAAGAAUUGCAUUUCAGGAAAGCAUGGAUUCACAAAUAAAACCAUCAAAAGAAAGCGCUAAAGAAAAUCAACUUGAGCUCACUGUCUCAGGAAAUAAAGCAAGUUUUUCGCUUCCGCCUUUAAAAACAAAAAAAACAAAAAAUUUAAGUUGAAAAGAAGAGAGCCGAAUUUAUAAAAAUCGAAAAAUAAUUGGGGAGAUGGAAAGAAUAAAUGAGAAUUCACGUAACUAUAUAAACAAAUCUUUUGUGGUAGGACACAAAAAGCAACAAGUUGUACCUUCGAUUAGAAAAAGGGACCCAUCACCGUUUUCGAAAAAGAAUCAAAAUAUCAUGGAUAUUUCGCUAACUUCAUUUAAAACACAAGGAAAUGAUGGAACAAGUCCAUAA